AUGCCGUUCGGGGUUCAAAAUGCAUCAAACCCUCACAGCCGCGAAUUUGGAGUUCAUAAACCCUCUUUCUCGCAGUCAACUUCCACCGACAAACUUCCAUCGGGGGAGACACCUUUCAUUAUCAUUGAGGACCCAACACACCCAGGAACCUACCGAGAGAAAAAGCAUCGAUCCAGGGAAGAUCUUGCAAAGCAGAAGCAGGCCAGUCAUGAUUUGAAAGUCUCCGGUGGUGCAUGCGUUUGGUGCUAUCGCAGCAAGAAAAAAUGUGAUGCUUCUCCUGUCUGUCACCCAUGCCGUUCGGGCAACCGGAAGUGCAUUCGAGACUCAGCGCAAUUGAGCUUGCUGGCGCCGAUUGUGACAAUCUCAAACAGCACUUCCGCUGUGCCUCAAAGCCCCCCUUCUCAUAAGACAAUUGCUACACUCAAUUAUCUUGGGGCGACAGUCUUUCAGAAAGCGGAAGCAUUGACUGCCGUACUUAAUAUUCGCCAACCGCACGGAGGAAAUCUCCAUACGUGGGCCAUGAAUCUGACCAGGGCUGACCUAACUCUGCCAAAUAACACCAAGGCGGCCAUUGACCAGUUUUUGGCGAAAGCAAUCAUAUGUGGGCAGGGCUCCCAGCUUUCGAGGCUCGAGAAUGUCUACGGCUCCCACCCCCUUGUUCAAGAAGCCCUGAAAAUGGCAAAGCUAUUCCUUGCCGUUUCUGGCAUAGCCAAAACUUCUAUUUGCACGCACCCCGAUCAUCUGGGUGCGGCACGGUUGACGAUGCUCCUGGUUAUGGUUGCCGGCUCUCAGCGCUUAGUAGAGAUAUCUCAAUUUUUCUCUGUCGGGCUACACGACGCCCUCCGGCGGAAAGAUCUGCAGGAUAACUACUGCGGUGGCCAAUAUUCACCCCAGACCAACGAUCCGCUGCAUCCACUCUGGGUUGCCUACGCGCUCUAUUAUCGUGUCAUUAGCGGCUUGUUGGGUCUGGAACCAGACUCGCCGAUCGCCAAUAUCUUCCAAUCACUAGAACCACACUUGGAUGAGGCUCACAAGACCACGUGGAGCGUUAUUAUUAACCUUUCGCCUUGUCCCCGGCAUCUCAAAAGAAGGCCAAAACUGGCCCUCAGAGAAGAUAUUCCCGUUUUAUCAUCAGCAUCCCAUUUCGACCUGAGUUUUUCGACAAGCAUAGAAGCUUGGGGUAACGGGUCCGCACCUCAGAUGAUGCUAGGUCAAGAUGAUCCUGAUCCAAUUUCCGAGCCAAGCUACGGUGUCGAGGUGCUUCUUGAUGUUCCGUGGACGCAGCCUGUCUUUUUUCCAAACAAUGCCUUGGCCUCUCAAAACGGCUUGAGGCCAUCAUCAGAGCCGCAGAUGGCGCGUUCACUGUUUGGCAGCAUACUCAGAAUUGGGAGCUCGGAUUCAUCCUCGAUAGAUCCAACCGUCCUCAACUUGUUGGAUCCGACAGCUGUUCCACAGGGGGAGUUGAGAGAUACGAUCGACACUGUCAUGUUGGAAGAACCCCCCUGCUUCAUCCGCUAA